AUGGCAGAUGAUGUGAAAGAAGAUGAAUCAGGUAGUUCACAACUUCCAUCGACUUCACCGUUACCAGUUACAGAAGAAUCUGCUAAUACUAUUGCUGCAUUGGUUUGUAAGAUUCCUUUGAUAGAACAAGAGAGUGCAAAUGUUCCAUCAACUGAUAGUGGUAGUCGUCGACGAAGUAGUUUUUCCAAACUUCAAGCACUUAUUUCUUCCAGUCAUUUACUUCCAAUACCUGCUGCUCGAGGACGAAAUUUUCUUGUUGGAUCCGGACAACAAUUACCAGAGAAUGUGACAGAUGAUCUUUCAUAUUGUUUUCCAAAUGGACGACCAUUAACAAUAAUGAUGGUUACAUGGAAUGUAGGUGAAGCAUCAAAAUUAUAUGAACAAAAUUAUACUCCAACAGAUAGACAAACUGCUGAACCUAAACAACGUAUGUUAGAUGAUAUGUCUGAUAUAUUAUUACCGACAUUUAUUGAUUAUGUUUCGGAUUUAAUUAUUAUUUGUACACAAGAAGUAUCUGUUACGAAAAAAGGACUCGAUUGGGAAGUUUUACUUCAAGAAGUUAUUGGUCCAAAACAUGUUUUAUUUCAUUCAAUUCAUUUUGGUACUUUAUCGUUAUGUAUAUUUUUACGAAGAGAUUUAAUUUGGUUUUGUAGUGAACCUGAAGACGAUGUUAUAAAAUUUCGAGCGGUAGGACCCGUUCGUACGAAAGCUUCUUUAGCUGUUACUUUUAAUCUUUUUGGUACAUCAUUUAUGGUUAUUAAUUCACAUUUUGAAGCUGGUGAAGGUUCUGAAGGUCGAUCAAAUCGACGAUUGAACUUUGAAAAUACAGUGAAUAAAUUAACUAUACCACAUAGUUUCGUUCAACGAACUGUCUUAAUAAAUAAACAUCUAUCAACGGCGGAAAAAACAGAAAGUAUAAGACGUAUUGAAUCAACAACAUCACUUGAUUCUGCUCCAUAUACGGGCGUAGAUAUGACAAAAUCAUGUGAUUGUGUUCUAUGGGGAGGUGAUCUAAAUUUUCGAAUUAAUAUGUCACAUAACGAAGUAGUCGAACUUUGUAAAGAACAAAAAUAUGAUCAAAUUCUAGAGAACGAUGAAUUUCGUACUCACAAAAAGUCAUCUGGUGGUCUCUAUGCAGACUUUAAAGAAGCAACGAUUGAAUUUCCUCCAACAUACAAAUUUGAUCUUCGUUCUACUACGGAUAAUUAUACUAAAAAUCGAACGCCAUCAUAUACAGAUCGUAUUCUUUAUCGAGAUAAACCAACAUCAUUACUUGACUGUACACAAUAUAAAUCAAUUGAAGGUGUGAAACAUUCGGAUCAUAAACCUGUGAUUGCUCAUUUUCGUAUUAAACUUAAACCUGCUUUACAUACAGAAAAUCUUUCAUAUGGAAAAUUUAAUCGUGAAGUUUAUAAACGUGGUUGUGAACAACGUGAACGACAUCAUUCAUUGGGUGUAGGAUUAAGAAAUACUAAACGUCGAACUGCUAAUGCUCGAAGUUCUGUUUGUGUUCUUCAAUGA